UUUUUUUUUUUAUUUUUUCUUUUUUUUUUUUUUUUUUUUUUAUCACUUCGUUUCAUGCGUAAGCUUCCAGCAAUAGUUAUGUCGUCGAACAAUAUGAUACAAGUAUAUUCUCCGCGGAUGUAACUAUCAGAAUUAUUUUGUCGAGAUAUAUUCAUCGUAUAUACAUACAUCGUUGAGGAAAACGACAACAACAAAAAAAAAAAAAAAAACGAAAAAAAAAAAACAAUAAAGUAUUUUCUUCGCUCGUAACAUACAACAGAGAGAAAACAAAAAAAAAAAAAAGAUUAUAUGAAAUUCGUACCUAAGCACAUUCUCCUCUCUUCAUAGGAUCGACAAAAGUUGUGUAGUAAGAGAUUUAAUGUUUAUCGAUGCUGAUCAACGUGCAUGCGUUUUUAGAAAUCAUGACACCGUUAGAUAUAUGCAUUCACGCGGGAUAAAUACGCGACACCGGCCAAAUUCUUCUAAUCGUCAACAAAAUCGUGGACCUGAAGGUAGCAAUGUUAUUAAUGGAAAAAAAUAUAUGACGUAUUUAAUUUGUAUUUUUAGCAAAGGACAAAAUAAAAAAAAAAAAAAAAAAACAAAAGAAAAAGAAAGAAUAUGUACCAAUCAAAGAAAAGAAAAAUAAAAUGAAAUAAUAAGUAAAAUUAAGAAAAGAAAAAAAAAACAAAAAAAAAAAAAAACAAAAGAAAAAAGAAAAAAAGAAGAGGAAAAAAAAAAAAGUAGACGAAAAAAACGUGUCGAGAUGCGAAAAGAAAUUGUACAGAAUUUGUCACGUCGUUUAUCGUGGUAUUUUUUUUAUAAGUAUACAUCGAGAAAUACAAAAUAUCGGGCAUGUUAAAGCAAACUAGCAAAAAAAAAAAAAAAAAGAAAAGGAAAGAAAAACAAAAUCCAAAGCUUCUUCUCAAAGGGGUUACUCUUAAAUGCAUACAUAUGAAAGUGCAGUAUAUUCGUGUGUAUGUGUGAAACAACAAAAGAAAAGAAAAGAAAAAAAGCAAAAAAAAAAAAAAAAAAAGAAAGAAGAGAAAAAAGACAAAAAAAAAAUUAAGAAAAUGGUUGAAUGAAUGUGCCGGCCUAAAAAUCCUCACGCUAUCUCUUAAAGAGUACUUUUUAUAUCAACGUGCCGAUGUCCUUAUAUCUGCACUCCUCCGAAAACCUUAUUAAAUUGUACCCAGCGACACUAACUCUUGUAGUUCUCUUCAGCCUCCACCCAACAUUCACCACUACCACCAUCACACGAUUUUGCUUUGUAAAACAUGUUCGUAAUAAAAAAAAAACGGAAAAAAAUUAAUAAAAAAUAAAAAAAAAAAAAAACAGAAAAAAAUGCAAAGUAUUCGAUCAUUCAAUGCAUCUUUAAUUACUUCAAAUCAUUUCCAAUGUCCGCACGUGUUACGAUCUAUAAUAAUACGUACAGCGAACUGUUUUAAAAAAAAAGGAAUUCUUCGUAUUUUCUGUUUUAUAUAAUGACAUAAUUAUUGUACACAUGUGAUGAUUACUAAAGUAAUCGAGAUGCCUUUUUUUUUUUUAUUUUUUUUUAAUUAAGCUCUUCCAGUCGAUAGAAAUAAUGAUAGUAUUUUUCUUUCGAAAAAGGUACACGCGCACAAGGUAUAAAAUCCACGAAAUUUUCACAACUUUUUUACCAAAACUCAAACAUAUUUAUACGUCGACUGGAAUCAGAAUAAAAAGUAUAAAAUGAUUAUUCGCAAUUCUUUCGAAAGAAAAUACGUCUAACAUUUUUGAUUAUCGACUGAGAAUAAAUAGAUUUUCUUUCGUACCGACUAAUGGUAAAUCUGGAAUCUAUAUUACCAUUGACAAAAAUACAAUUUGACAUAUCAUUUUAAUAGAAAAUUAUUUAUUGGAGCAUCGUUAAUAGACUAGGAAAGUGAUAUCGUAAAAUUAAUUAAAAAUUCGAAAUAGAAAGUUGAUUUUUCCCAUAAUCAUCUGUAAUUAAUAGGAGGACAAAGCUUCAUUACUAACUAUUCAGCACGUACGAAUUCGAAAGAACGCUGAUUGGUUACGUCGAAAUAAUCGAGUACUUUGAACACGCAUGCGUAUUAUCGUCACCUUGUGUAUAUCAUCGAAGCAUACGUAUAUAUAUAUCACAUAUCUAUUAUAAUUAAUUUUCUGUCAUCGAGAAAGAAUGCUGGAUACAUGGACGAACGAUAAAACAUAUACCAAGAAGCAAUUUUUUCUUCGUACCUUAAAACAGACUGUUCGGACCAUUUUGGGGAUCAAGGAGGAUAUUUUGAUGUUGUCGUACGUCCAAUGUUACAACAAGGUCACGAAGGAGAGUUAUGUAGUUGGUUAAAAGAAAUGAGCUUAAUUCGUACCGUUUCAAAUUGUCCUCAUUUGGAUUGUAAAGGAAGAAGUUUGGUUUGGAAUCCUGCCAGGAUAGUUGAUAAAUAUAAUUGGACUUGUCCUGAUUGUACUAAAAAACAAUCUAUCAGAGAGAAGUCCUUCUUUUUAGGGAUAAAAUGUGAUUUAAAAUUGUGCCUUCAAUUGAUAUUAGGAUGGUGUCAAAAGAUUUCAUAUGAGGAUGCUGCCUCUUAUCUUGAUAUUAAAACUCAUAUAGUUAAGAAAGUCUAUGAAAGAUGCGAUGAAGUUUCAGAAACGUAUGUGAUGAGCCAUCCAGAAGAUUGGAUUCUUGGGGAUAAGAGUACAAUAGUAAUCGUUGAUGAAUUCCCAGGGGGUUGUAUGACUAGAAAUUAUAUAGAUACAAGUACUAAUAAAAAACGUAACAAUAAUUCUCAUACUAUAGUAUGUAUAGCAGAAGCAAAUACUUUGCCACCCCGUAUGUGGUUACAUAUGAUAGAAGCAAUUCCAGAGCCAAUCAAAAUGGAUAAUAUAAAAAAGGAUGUUAGUAAAUGUAGUAUGGUCGAUGAGGCCUUGAAAGAAAUAACACGGCACACAGUACCUGGAAGUUAUAUUAUAGCUAAUAAUAAAGCUCGUUGCUGUAGCUAUGAAUCAUUAUUAGAAUUAAAGCAAUAUAAAGUUAUUAGCGUUGAACAAUUACAAAAAUUUGAUCCCCCAGGAAAGGGUAAACUUCUUGAGAAUUUAGAAACUAUUUGGCAAACGGGAGUAGAAAUAUGUGAAGAAAUUCAAGAAACUACCCAUACAUUGGGUCAACAUAUAAUAUCAAGGUAUCUAUGGAGACAAAGAUUUGGCUCUUCGCCUUCAACGGCAUUUCAAUACAUGUUAAAUCAUAUAGCUGAAUGUUUUCGAUUUUCUUGAAUUUGAAUCAUUCAUCAAUUCUAUUGAAUUUAUUCUUUUAUAUUAUCAUUGUUAUUUCCCUUACUAUUAAUAAUUUGGAUAUUACUGUUAUACAGAAGGCAAAUAUUUUUGGAUGAAUAAUCAAAAGUUAACAUUUUUAGAAUAUAUGGUAAUAAUGUUUUUUAAAUAUUACGGUCUGUAUAGAUUUUAAUACAGAUUAUAAUGAAAUGGCACAAAAUAUUUUCUAAAUAGGAUAAUGAGAGUUAAUAUUUAAAAAGAAAAACUUUUUACAAUAUUAGCAAAAAAAUUUUUAGAAUCAUAAAAGAUAGAUAAAAAAAAAGAAAAAAAAAAAAAAAAAACAAAUGUUUUUGAAAUAUUCUAUCAGCACUUUAACACUUUUGUGGAGAUGGUUAUUCGCAAAUUAAUGAUAUAUUUUAUAUAAAAUGUUGUCUUAUGGAUAGUAUAAAUUUACUAUCAUUCAUGGUAAACACAUAUGCUACAUGUCUUCCAAUUAAUUUUUGGAAUUUUGUAUAUUAAAUUGUAUCUUUAAAACAAUUGUUGACAUCUUAUAGCUAUAUAUCAUUAUACAAGAUUAAAAAAAGAAAUUAUCUUUAUUUUGAUUAAGUCUUAGAUUGUAUUUUUAUGUACGUAAUGUUCCAAUGAUAUUUAUCAUUUUGAUUUAACAUAAUAUCAUAGAUACAGUUGAUGAUUUGUACAGAUUCCAUCAGAAGACUGAUGAUGUUGAUGGUAAUGGAAUAUUUCCAGAUACUUUAAUACAAUAAUAUGAAAUACAUUAUUGCUUUUUUUUUUUGUUUUAAUUCAUGUAUACUUUUUUCUUCUUCUUUUUUUUUUUUUUUUUUUUUUUUUCUUUAUUAAUGUUCAUGUGUAUUGGUAAAAAGGAAAUAUCUUAAAAGAUUUUGAAUUUAAAUGUAUCGAAGUAUCAUUUCAAUCGACAUAUGAAAUAUUUUGAUAUAAAAGAAAUGAUAAAAAUUAUUAUUGGCAAUUUUUCUUAUAAUUGAAAAAAAAAAAAAAAAAAAAAAAAACAUUGAAUCUGAGAUAAUACUUUUUUUGUGAACAUAAGUAGCAUCAUAUCCAAAGCAUUUUACCAGUAUUAUAACAAAUAUAAUUGUACAUGCGUGGUAGCAGGAUAAGUUUUCCUUAAUCAUGAAAGAAAACCAAGAGAAAUUAUAAGUUCUUGGAUUAAGUUAUGGAUGGAAUAACUUAUAUGAAGAACUAUUGUUGUGAUAGAAAAAAAAAAAAAAAAAAAAAAAAGAAAAGAAAUUAUUGCUUCCAUAUAUUCCUAUUGAUUUUUCAUAUUCUAUAUUUAUUUCCACUUUUUAUGUUUUAAUAAAGAUUUAAAUUUUCACCAAAAAUAUUCCUCUUCAAUUUAUAUAUUAAACAAAUAAUAAUCAUUUGAUUUCUGAAAACGUAAUGCAUGAAGAUUCCACUGAAUUCUACCAAAGUACGUUACUAUUGUUUUUUAGACUUGUAUAAUGAUAUUAGAGACGCCUAUUCUUACUACUCGAUAUUUUUAAAAUAAAAUGUUCUCAUUAAGGGACUUUUGAUAUUUUUUUCAAAGAUGAAAUUUGUAGCAAUACUGUUAUGAUUAUGUUUUUUUUUUACUAUAUAAAUUAGUAAAUUAAGUACAUAGAAAUGUAUUAAAAAUUGUUAAGCACAUGAUAAGCACACAUUCUUUAUAUUACAAAAUGUAAUUUGUGAUAAAAAUAAAUAUAACUAUAUAUUGUA